GAUUUAUCCCCGCAAGCUGGUCAAGAAGCUCUACAGCUGCUUCGUGGAGCAACGGUCUGCAGCAUCCAAGGUGUGCUUGAGGUCGAAGAACCAAGUGGACCCGCUCCUCACAGAUAGACAGGUGUUUGAAUCCAUGCCGUUAGGAGAUGUGUGGGAAGAUGCUUCGGUUGCUUCAACUUACUUUUAUCUCCGGAAGGGAAAGUAUUUGAUCAUACCGGAUAGCUGGCAAGCUGCGAUCGAUGAGUUCGACCGGGCUGCACAGAAGCAGGUUGCAGAUCUUCAAGAUGCUUUGAGCAAAGUUGAUGCGGAGCCUGUUCCAGUUCCGGCGAUGGUACCAGGAGAGAAGCUACGUCAGCUGUUGUUGCAGCAUGGCAGCUUUGAGCAAGUCGAAUGCCAUCUCCAGCGAUGGCAUGAGCAGAAGAAGAAGAAAACGGCCCUUGGUGGACCGGUCACCAAAGAAUGGCUAAUGGAGACGGAGAAAUGGUCAAAGACCAUGUGUGAUAAUGCGUGGGAUUGGGCACGCGCCCGGGGCCUUGUCAUCAAGAACCCUAUUCAUGGGGCCGAGGAAGCUGAUAUCCCUUACAAAAGCUUUUGGAAGAACACGGACGAAAGCGGUAACCGUGUUUCAUUCGAGAGUCGGGUCGCCUUGGAAGUGAUCUGCUUCCCGAGCCUUCAGCAAAACACGUCGCCUUUGACGCUGCUCCCCCAAUAUCUUGCUGUUUUGGGGAAAAAGAUCGACUCGGCAGAGACUGUGAAGGAGAGGCUCGACUCUGCCAUGAGCAACGGUGGGAAAGGGGGCAAGCCAAAUGAGAAGGUCAAGCUGCUAGCUGAGAAUGUGUCCCAGUCCCUGACCGAUUUGAACCAGCACUACCAGGACCUGACAAACCUUCAGGCGAAUGUCGCCACUGAAAGUAAGGCGGACGAGGUUCAGAGGCUUAAGAAGCAGGCUCUGCAAAUCUUUAUCAAGUGCACCAAGACAGAUCUUUCCUUGAACAACUGGGAGCAUCAAGGCAGGAGCCACUGCGAAGCCCAGUGCCAAAGCAUCUACGAAGCGGACAGCGCCAAAGGCGAAGUCUGGAACCCCGGCCAAGCCGGCAAGCAAGAGGAGAAGGGCCUUGAUGUUGAAUGUGCAGACAUCCAGAUAGGUCCUGGCACCAGCGAUGGUGAGUCGUCCGAAGAUGACUUGCUUGAUGAGCUCCUCAUGGGCUUGGCGUCUGGAAUGCGGGAUCCGAUGCUGAAAAAGCUUGCAAAAUGUGCCCGAGCCAAAGAUGAAGCCAAUGUGUGCCGCAACCUACACCGGCUGUUAACACACAAAGAGUUUACACUUCAAGUUCAUAUCAGCUGGUGCGACAUUGACAUCAAGCACGCCACGAAGCGCAGGGAACUAAACAAGGUUCCAUGGCCAGUCAUUCGGCUGUCAAGCUGGGUGCGGUAUAUCUUGGAAAUACAGGGAGGUCAACUUUUGUUGGCGGGCCACUCGACCAUUCAGCCCGACUUAUGGGAGCCUGUUCUGGAACGAUUCUGGAACCUCUAUGAAGGGGUAGACCCUGGUCACAUUGUAUACCAGCUGGGCUUAAACCGCCGACGAACCCUGCCUUUCAUGGUUCACGGUGAUGAAGGCCGUGGCAGGAUGAAGCAACCUCUGUUGGUAGUGGCUUUUCAGGGUGUUUUGUCCCAUCUCGGUAUGGACCGACUCAACCAAAGUGGGUGGCUUUGUUUAAUUUAA